CUUUCUCAAGUUAGUUUCUCUCUGGUUAUACGUAUUGUAGGAAAAUUAAAGAGGUUAUGAUAGACAAAAAUAUAUUAAAUGGAAUACAGCGUUCCUAGAAUAUAAUACAGAUUGUGCGAGAGUGGGAGUGUUUGAGACUUUUUUAGAAAAUGAUCGAUGUUGAUAGAAAUUAACGGAACGUAAAAUUAUGUUCAGUAAUUGAUAGAGUGACAGUUUACGGUUUACUAGUCUGUACAACAGAGGCUGGGACGUCAUCUCUAGAGAAAUAAUGGAAAACCGUUACGCUUUAUUUCGUAUAGCAUUAGUGCUAAAUAUUCUUAUCUUAGUUGUUUCCUUCACGGGUGUGAUAAGCGCUCCAAUGCAACCAAUGAGUAUCAUAGAAGUUAUGAAGAGUGACCAAAAUCUAUGCGAGACAUCUAAAUUUUUAUAUGACUCAGAAUAUACAAAACUUUGUGCAUCAUUGUCAUAUCCUAAUGCUUCUUUGAAUGUCACUGAAGAGAAUUUAAAUAUUUUCUUGUGCUUAGGAGUUUAUGAUACUGCAUACAAGAUUUGUCAAUAUUCUAAUCAGUCGCCCCCUCUAAUUCCAAAGAUUAAUAAUACAGUAUUAACUUCAUAUGUAAAGAAUGUAACUACAUAUGUAAAAGAAUUUGUUCCUGAAGCAAAACUAAAGCAGCAAGAGAAAUUUUGUGACAGUUUACAAGGAUUUACAUCAUCAUACAAUAAUACAGAUUCACUUUUGAAACCAUUGAUUGAAAAACUUAAUAAAUCGUACAAAUGUCAGCAAAUAUGUUUUGACUUCGAAGAUAAAUUCAGACCAUUAUGCGCAGUAUUUGCUUGGAUCAAGAGGUUUGAUGACAUUAAAAAGGCAGAAAGAACAAAAACAAAAGAUGUGAUAACUGAUCCAGUUACAAUUCUAUCAAAAGAGGCAGCAAGUAGUAAUAGAAUAGUAGGUACAACUAAGAAGACAUACACAGAAGAAAAUAAUGAAAAGAACAUAAAUAAAUUUAAAGCAAAUCCUGAAAAUGAUCACAACAAGGUUGAAAUUACUUAUGAGUCUGAAAUAGUAACAACUGUAAAACCUGAUGUGGAGAAAAUGAAAUCUGAUGCUGAAAAGUCAAGCGAAACUCAAAAGAAAUCAAAUAAUACAUUUAGAGUCACACAGCCUUAUAAAUCUCCAACAUUUAAAGAAAAUGAAAAGAAUACUCUUGACAUGAAAUCUGACAAUGAUAAAAUUGCAAAACCUAUAAACACUCUUGCAACUGAUGAUUUACAAGUUCCAUCAAUAAACAAUUCUGCAGAUGAUGUGCCAAAAAAAGAUGUUGUAAAUAAAGAAAAGGGAGAAGAAAUUAACAAGGAGCAAAAUACUGAUGAUCUAAAAACUAGUACACUAUCUGAAAAUACACAAGACCAUUAUGAUGUCGGAAAUCCAGAAGAAGAUAUUGAACCUAAUGUAGCAGACAGCAAUAAUGAUGAAGAUGAUCCAAUUCAACAAUCAACAAGGAAUCAAAAUGGAAAUGUACAGGAAGUCUUUGAACCGAAGAAUAUGCGGUAUCCUAAUAUAAGAACAGAGGAUGAUUCUCAUUUCUUUACUUAUUUUACUGUGAUUAUAGUGGCAUGUAUUGCUGGAUAUAUAGGUUAUCAUAACAAGCAGAAAAUAUUUGCUAUUGUAUUAGAGGGUCGAAGAUCCAGAAGUAAUCGUGGUAGACGGCGACCAAGUACGGCUAACUACCGAAAAUUAGAUUGUACGCUUGAAGAAGCCGUUACAUCGCAAUGUAACGCUAAUGUUACUCAUGUCAUAUAUUAACGCGAGUCAAAUGUCACGAAUUUUAUAAUAUCUAUGUAUUAUAGUAUUGCAAGUGUAUAAUAUAUAUUUUGUAUUUAAGUGCAUA